AUGAUCGUGCGUUCAGCUUGUGUUUUACCUGCGUGUGGACCUUCAGCUCCUGGUUUAUUUUUACGAAGAAAUUUAAUGCGUUCGAAAGCUUCUAUUCUACCUGCUUAUCGAUCUUUGGCUCCUGGUUCGUUUUUUCGACAAAAUUUGAAGCAUUUGAGGCAGUUGAAGCGUUCAACAGCUCAUUGUCAGCCAGUGGUAAGGUGGGCAGAGAUGACAGUUACACCAAAUAUCUCCAUCAACGAUGGGAACCUUGUGGUUCAGGGGAAGACCAUACUGACAGGAGUGCCCGAAAACAUCGUGCUGACUCCAGGAUCUGGUGUGGGUCUUGUCACUGGAGCAUUCAUUGGUGCUACGGCUUCUCAUAGCAAAAGUCACCAUGUUUUUCCUGUGGGCACCUUAGAGGGUCUCCGCUUCAUGUGUUGUUUCCGUUUCAAGUUAUGGUGGAUGACUCAGAGAAUGGGAACAUGCGGGAAGGAUAUUCCUUUGGAGACCCAAUUCAUGCUUGUGGAGAGCAAAGACAGUACCGAAGGAGAACAGAAUGAUGCCCCGACCAUCUAUACUGUGUUCCUUCCUCUUCUUGAAGGCCAGUUCCGGGCUGUUAUCCAAGGCAAUGAGAAGAAUGAACUGGAAAUUUGCCUCGAGAGUGGAGAUAAUGCUGUUGAAACCAAUCAAGGACUUUAUCUAGUCUACAUGCAUGCUGGAACCAAUCCCUUUGAAGUCAUCAAUGAGGCUGUAAAAGCUGUCGAAAAGCACAUGCAAACUUUUAAUCAUCGAGAGAAGAAAAAGUUGCCCUCUUUUCUUGACUGGUUUGGCUGGUGUACAUGGGAUGCUUUCUACACAGAUGUCACGGCCGAAGGCGUCGAAGAAGGCCUUAAAAGCUUGUUAGAGGGUGGGACUCCUCCUCGGUUUCUAAUCAUAGAUGAUGGUUGGCAACAGAUUGGUAGUGAAUCUAAGGACACCAAUUCAGUCAUACAAGAAGGAGCACAGUUUGCAAACAGACUAACAGGAAUCAAAGAGAAUGCUAAGUUUCACAAGAAUGGGAAGAAAGAAGAUCAGGUACCAGGCCUGAAACACGUUGUGGAUGAAGCCAAAGAGCAUCACAAUGUCAAGUACGUGUAUGUAUGGCAUGCUCUAGCAGGUUACUGGGGUGGAGUGCAGCCAGCUGGUGCUGGUAUGGAGCACUAUGACAGUGCUUUGGCAUACCCAGUUCAGUCUCCAGGUAUACUGGGAAACCAACCAGACAUUGUCAUGGACAGUCUUGCUGUUCAUGGUUUGGGUCUGGUGCACCCAAAGAAGGUCUUCAACUUCUACAACGAGCUUCAUUCCUACCUGGCUUCAUGCGGAGUAGAUGGGGUCAAAGUUGAUGUGCAGAACAUUAUUGAGACCCUUGGUGCUGGCCAUGGUGGCAGAGUUUCCCUCACCCGCAGCUAUCACCAGGCCCUUGAAGCCUCUAUUGCACGGAACUUUGCUGACAAUGGAUGCAUAGCUUGCAUGUGCCACAAUACUGAUGGGAUCUAUAGUGCCAAGCAAACUGCUGUAGUAAGGGCUUCAGAUGACUACUUCCCUCGUGACCCUGCUUCUCACACCAUCCACAUUUCUGCUGUGGCCUACAACACACUAUUCCUUGGAGAGUUCAUGCAACCUGAUUGGGACAUGUUCCAUAGCCUACACCCAGCUGCUGAUUAUCAUGCUGCAGCUCGGUCUGUUGGAGGAUGUGCAAUUUAUGUUAGUGACAAGCCUGGCAACCACAACUUCGAGCUUUUAAAGAAGCUGGUCCUCCCCGACGGAUCAGUGCUUCGUGCCCAAUUGCCUGGCAGGCCCACACGUGACUGCCUCUUUGCUGAUCCAGCUAGAGAUGGGACCAGCUUGCUAAAAAUUUGGAAUGUGAAUAAAUGCACUGGUGUGGUUGGUGUGUUCAACUGCCAAGGUGCUGGCUGGUGCAAGGUUGCAAAGAAGACCUGUAUCCAUGAUGCAUCUCCUGGCACCCUCACUGCUUCUGUACAAGCCAUGGAUGUUGACGCCAUAGCUCAAGUUGCUGGCCCAGAUUGGAAUGGGGAAACAGUAGUGUAUGCCCAUAGAUCAGGGGAGGUAACUAGGUUACCAAAAGGUGCUUCACUGCCCGUCACACUUGGAGUUCUGGAAUACGAACUUUUCCACUUCUGUCCUCUGAAGGAAAUCACAUCAAACAUUUACUUUGCACCAAUAGGAUUGCUAGACAUGCUCAACACUGGUGGUGCUGUGGAGCAGUUUGAAGUCCAUCUGGUUUCCGACAAGAAAAAACCAUUGCUCUUCGAUGGUGAGGUUUCUUCAGAGGUGUCUACGUCUCUCAGCGAAAAUAGAUCCAGUGCAGCAACUAUUGCACUCCAAGUCAGGGGAUGUGGCCGGUUUGGUGCAUACUCGUCCCAGCGCCCUCUAAAAUGCACAAUGGGCAAUGCUCCAACUGACUUCGAUUAUGACGUUGCUACCGGAUUACUGACUCUGAACAUCCCCGUCCCGGUGGAGGAGAUGUACAGAUGGACCAUUGAAAUCGAAGUUUAAGUGAUUUCUAAACCAGAAGAUUAAUCUAGUAUCAGUAUGGUCACCCAUUUGCAAGGUAGGGUUCAUGCAUGUUUAAGUAUGAGCCAAAGGUGGUGGGGCUACUAUUAUUAACUUUGAUGCAUUGAAUUGCUGAGAGGAGCAUGGGGUACUUGCGGGUGGUGAAUAAGAAGUAGGGCUUGUAUGGGUUAUUAUUUCUCUGUAAUAAAAGUACCUCAAUUCAUCUCUUUGAUCAUUCCUUGCUGUUCUUGUUACGUGAAAUAUCAUUCGAGGUGUCAAGUGCUUGAUAAUAUGGGCAAAUAAACAUUCUUGUAAAUGCUCAGUGAAGGUGUCCAGGUGCGUUGGUCAAACAAGCCUUCAAAAAGCCCUUGCAGCCUUGCUUCUGGUACACAGUGAAGGGCACAAUCUAUAUUUUGAAAACAUAGAAAGCCAAUUCUUUAUUGGGCUCUAUAGUUUCUUUUUUAAGUUUAAUGAUUAAUG